AUGCUAGUCCUGCCGUCUACCAAUCCAUCGCUGAAGAAUGCCCUAGCCGACUCCACUCUUCUACAGUUCAGUAUCCGUCGACUACAAGCUGGUGCAGUGAAUCUCUUUAACCGCUGGCAGUCGCUGCAAGUGAGUUACCGUGGCCACAAGUGCUCGAUCGAGCGACUACUAGCGCUAGAUGAGUACACCAGGAAAACCUCAUUCUUGCGCGUCAUCACGGUGGUCGCUGGAGCGCUGGUGCCCAUGGUUAUCCUCGUCGUCUCGCAAGAGUCAAUACCGCUGAACGAUCCCUCUGCUGGGUGGCAACUAAACUACGGAUUCUGGCUGCGCGUGGGCAUUCUCGCUGGAGUCGUCAGCGUCACCGUCGCUGUUCACGCGAAGUACAUGAUAAAGUCCACUGCACUCAUGCCGAGUCAGCUGAUCUUGCUCUUCCUCUGCCAAGUCGUAAGUUAUCCGUUUGUGGCGAUGGGAAUCGCAUCAUUGGUCGGCUUCCCCGUUCCGUUCUUCGCGUUAUCAACAUUUCCCGUGUUUUUCGCGCUGCUGAUCGCUUGGUCCACUGUAGUCUUUGGGCGGAAAACUGUCCACAACAUGCUGAAGCGGUCGGAUGAAAUGCGGAUCCAUUUACGAUUUAUCUGCGCGCAGAUGCUGUUGCCUGUGGUGUACCCCAUCUACGAGGUUCUCUUUGUCGCUGCGUCGAAUACGCACUUCGAACUGCCGGUGAUUUUGCUUCUUCCGAUAAUGAAGGUUGUUGUGAAGUACAUUAUCACGCUUUCCCUAGCGCCAAUGGAGGAUAUGCUGCCUGAAUCCGUCAUUCUCACAGUGGAUUUCUUCCACGCGGUCUACCUCGCAACCUGCAUGCAAACCUCGCGUUCGGCCGUCACAGUGACGAUUAUCAUAAUUGUCGAUGUCUCUCAGUCAUUAUCAAUGUUAGCGGGGCUUUACCGGCGAAGUCGCACCACAUUGGCACGAGCUCACAGAGCGGCGGGGAUAUCAAGCGGCAAAGCAUCACUGAAUUUGCUGGAGACUUUGUGCUUGUUGUGCCGGAAUCCUCAGAAUUUUCAAGCUCAAAUGAGCAGGAGCGUGCGCGUGCGCUCUUGCCUCCCCCACCGCCUCGCUCCGACAGAUAGCACGCUUCUGUCAAUGUGGGAAGAGGCUGCGACGGAAGCAUCGCGGCCAGUCCGUAGCUGGUCAACGAGUGAACCACCCACUUCAAGCACUUCCUUCAAGUUGGAAAGCCCCAGGUCCCCGUUGAAGAAACUCCAGUUGUAUUUUGCUCGACGCAGGACGACUGUGGUUCAUCCAGCUGAGCCGAUCAAGCAAAGAUCCGUGCGGCCACAGUACAGUGAGGUGACUGCUUCACGAGUUCUGUCGAGAAGUCGAACUCAAGAUGCAACCAUUCUUCGAGAAACUCUUGCGAUGCUGUACACUAUGGAAUGUCUGGUGUUGACGGCGUACUUGGAAGCGCUCAUCCCGUUACUAUAUGGAAACUACAUGCUGGUCAUGGUGCAUCUCCCGAACGCAAAGUAUCACACGGAGCUCAGGAACGUCACUCGACAGAACGUGAGCUACACGGCCACGGUUGUUUUCCUCUUUGGGCUGUUGCAAGUGGCGUCGUUCGUUCUGUAUGCGGCGCUCAUUCGCCGCAGGUGCGGCAUGAAUGUGCAAUACCAGCUUGCGUUUGUGCUGGAGACGCAGAUGUCUGUAGUGCAAGGAAAAUUGAUGAUCUGGAUAUUGGUGACUCUAGCUUGCCGCGUUGUUCACUUUGGUACGUCGAACCGAAUUGAAGACCAUGAUUCGAGUGUGCUUAUCUGUUUGGAUUUUGUUACGUAG